GCUUACACGUUUAAUUGCUACUGUAGAGUUGUGGUGACUUAGUAGUUGCAGUAAAAUGCUAAAACCCUUGUUUAAAUGCAAAAUCCAAAUGUAAAGAAUAUAUUGUACCUUCGCGUACGGUAGUCCUUCGUUCAGGCAGUAGCAUGGCGUGCUCAGCAGCUCUGUAAUCAAUGGAAGGGCAGAGUUGUUGCCACAUGAAUUGUGAAAAGUGGAAACAUUGAACUGGACAGACCUAAGCGUUAUCUGCAAGCGGGAGAUAUAAUUCUUUCUCAACAUGACCAAGAAGAGGAAGAGGCAGGAUGAUUUUCAGAAAGUCAAACUUAAGGUUGGGAAAAAGAAACCGAAGCCUGACAAUGUGACCAAUGUCAGCUUCAAGACCAAGGGCAUCCAUCUCCCAGAGCAGCUGAAGAGCAGUGAGUCUGGACCCACUACGCACAGACAGCUCAGCAUCAAGGACCUGCUGUCCCAGCUCCACCACUACAGCGGGGGGGUGAAGCAGGGGGCGCUGGCGGGGCUGAGGGAGCUGCUGGCCAAGAACCCCUCCCUGCUGGACGCCCACCUGUCCAGCGUGCUGAGCGAGGCCGCCGCCGUCUUCACCGACAAGGAGCCCGGGGUGCGGGCGGCCGCCGUGCGGCUGCUGCGCUUCCUGGCCCCCCGCGUGCCCGCGGAGCGCGUGGCCCCCUUCUUCCCCUUGCUGGGCGCCCACCUGUCCUGCGCCAUGACGCACAUCGCCGAGGGCAUCCAGGAGGACGCGCUGCAGGCGCUCGACGUGCUGCUGGAGCACUACCCUGCCCUGCUGGCCGCUCGCUCCGCCGUGUUGCUCAAGAACUUCCUGGAGCUGAUCUCCCAGCAGCGGCUGUGGCGCCGGGGCAGGGGCGGCGAGGAGCGCAAGGCGGCCCCCUGGGCGCUGUCCGUCAGUCCUGGCCGCAGGGUCACCUCCCAGCAGUGGAGGCUCAGUGUGCUCACUAGGCUCGGGCGCUUCCUGCAGGCGGUGGUGGAGGAGCGGCCUGCGGAGGAGGGGGCUGGGUCUCGGGAUGUCCUGGACGUGGGAGAGAGGGAGGGCGGCUGUGGGAAGAUCACACCGGUGGAGCUGACGUGGGAGGAGCACAGCUUCGGGAAGGGGGGUGUGCAGGUGUAUGAGAACGCGGGGGCUCGUGCCUCUGUGUGCUCCGCCUUCCGGCUCAGGCCCGACACAGAGCCUGGGACCGGGUUGGAAGAAGGCCUGACUUCAGUUGAGACGGUGAAAGGCUUUGCGUCAACGCUAGUGCCCCUUCUGCUGGAGGUGUGGGUAGAGGCCUCAACGAGUGAGCAGGGCAGCUCUGAGAACGCACACCUGCUGCACCCCGAGGCCAUGUCGCUUAUGUACCAGGUCCUGAACAUCCUCCAGCUGCUGCGCUGCCUGGCUCCACAGCGCCACGACCAGGCCGAGCUGGACGCCUGGUUCCGCAGCACCUACCUCAGUGACUUCAGACAGCACUUCAUGAAGAACUUCCCUUACGCCCAGGUGGAGGUGGCUAAGCACAAAAAGAAAGGAGAGAGCAAGAGUUUCUCUGCAGACCCAGAGGAGGGCAGUGUGGUUCUGCUGCCGCAGGACUCCCAGCACCACCUGGUCCAGCUGGUGUACUUCCUGCCCAGCCUGCCGCCUGACCUGCUGUCCUGUCUGAGCCGCUGCUGCACCGCGGGGAGAGUGUCCGCCAGCCUGGCUGCUGCUCUCAUCCGUAUUGUGCACAUGAGGUCCUCCCUGAGCGGCUGGACGCUGGGGGUGCAGGAGGCCGCCCUAAGUGACGUGGACUAUUUCAGCUUCCUCUUCUCCACUCUCACAGGCUUCUCUGCGGAGGAGCUGUCGGUGCUGCAGGGAGGCAGUGAAGAGGACAUGUGUGGCUCCUCUCCCCUGUCCCCACUCAGCCUUUACCACACCGAGCUGGAGCACUUCAUGCACCACUGGGACGUGGUGGAGGAAGUGUGUCACUGCUUGGAGACAGUUGGGUCCAGGUCUCAGUGUUUUGACAUCCUGCAAAAUGCCAUCUGUAAAAACCUGGCGAGGCUGCAGGUGGUGCCCGACAGCACAGCGGCAGCCCUCCUGCGAUCGGUGUCCCGGCUCCUGGGCCCCUCCCUGCUGCCCAGCGAGGAGCUGCUGCGCUUCCUGGCGAGCUGCUGCCUCAGCCUCCUGACCCUGCUGCUCUCCCUGGACCACGAGCCGCCCGCCCAGGACAGCUCGCAGAAAAGGGAGGCGGUGUGGGGGGCGUGUGUGGGCGCCCUGGGGGGCGUGCCGCGGCUGCUGCGGCUGGUGCUGCAGGCCGUGCAGGCGUCGGAGCUCGGCGAGGAAGAGCUCCCCCUGGUGGCGCAGCUGCUGCGGCUCCUGCUCCAGCACAGCCAGCUCCGGAACCACAUGCUGGCCAACGCGACCCUGCUGCAGCACCUCGUCCAGGACCUCACGCGCUGCUGUCGGGGGGCGGCUCGCGAGCAGUGGCUGACUGACCUGCUGUACUGCUACAGCGUCGCCCUGUCAGGCCAGCACCGGGGAGCGGCAGGGCCCCGCGACGCCUGCUGACGUCCUCCACAGGCGGGCCUGCCGGCCUUCUUCUCUUUUCAGCGGAUUUUUUUAUGGUCGUUUGCCUUGAAGGGCCAAGGGAUUGCAUUUCGGAAAAUACCGAUCCAGUGUAUGUUGGUAAUUUAAUAAAUGUCAUUUAAGGGGGAAAAAAAAGUGAAGCUUUGCAAAAUUCCUUGGAGAUUUUUUAAAUGAUGUGUGUAAAAAUAUAUGCUGUACUGUGAAUGAUGAUGCAGGAAAAACAUCAAUGCUAUACAAUAUGAAAACACUUCGUAACACAA